AUGUUAAGACUAUCAGCUAGAAGAAACUUCUCGGUUGGUCACCGUUUAUGGAGAGGCCAAAACUUGACUGAAAAGAUUGUUCAAAAAUAUGCUGUGGGGUUAAGUCCUGGUAAAAAAGUCUUCUCUGGUGAUUAUGUUUCCAUUAAACCAGCUCAUUGUAUGUCCCAUGAUAAUUCAUGGCCCGUGGCAUUGAAAUUCAAAGGGUUGGGUGCCACCAAAGUUAAAGAUAAUCGUCAGAUCGUUUGUACUUUGGAUCAUGAUGUUCAAAAUAAGUCGGAAAAGAACUUGGAAAAGUAUUCAAAUAUAGAAAACUUUGCAAAGGAACAAGGAAUCGAUUUCUACCCUGCUGGCCGUGGUAUUGGUCAUCAAAUCAUGAUCGAAGAAGGUUAUGCUUUCCCUUUGAAUAUGACAGUUGCUUCUGAUUCCCACUCAAAUACUUAUGGUGGUAUUGGUGCCUUGGGUACACCUAUCGUUAGAACCGAUGCUGCCUCAAUCUGGGCAACCGGUCAAACUUGGUGGCAGAUCCCUCCUGUGGCCAAGGUUGAAUUGGUUGGGGAAUUACCAAAGGGGGUUACCGGUAAAGAUAUCAUUAUCACUUUAUGUGGUGUUUUCAACCAAGAUCAAGUAUUGAACCACGCCAUUGAAUUCACUGGUGAAGGGUUGAAGAAGUUGCCAGUGGAUUAUAGAUUGACAAUUGCUAAUAUGACAACAGAGUGGGGUGCUCUUUCUGGGUUGUUCCCAGUAGAUGAUGUUCUUUUGGACUUUUACAAGACAAGAUUGAAUGUUUUACCUGAAUCUCAUCCUCGUGUUAACUCUUCAACAAUUCAAAAUUUGAUUGACAAUAAGAUGGAAUCUGAUUCAGAUUCUCAAUAUGCUAAGCAUUUAGUGGUUGAUUUAUCAUCCUUAUCUCCCAACAUUUCAGGUCCUAACUCCGUCAAAAUUUCAAACCCUCUUCAUACCUUAUCUAACCAAAACAUUCCUAUUAAUAAAGCAUACUUGGUUUCUUGUACCAACUCUCGUUUGAGUGACAUCAAAGCAGCUGCUGAUGUCAUAAGGGGCCAUAAGGUUGCAUCUGAUGUUGAAUUUUACGUUGCUGCUGCUUCCUCUAACGUCCAACAAGAUGCCGAAGCAAAGGGUUACUGGAAAGAUAUCCUUGAUGCUGGUGCUAUUCCAUUACCAGCCGGUUGUGGUCCUUGUAUCGGGUUAGGUGCUGGUUUGUUGAAGGAUGGAGAAGUCGGUAUUCUGGCUACUAACAGAAAUUUCAAGGGUAGAAUGGGGUCUAAGGAUGCCUUAGCUUACUUGGCAUCACCUGAAAUUGUUGCUGCUUCUGCUGUUUUGGGUAAGAUUGGAGGUCCAGAGGAGUUAGAGGGCAAGCCUGUUCCAAAUCCAAAGGAAAUCAUUAAAUCCAUUUCAAUUCCAGUUGCUGAAUCGAAAGUAACAGAAGAUGCUUCUUCUGCUGCUGUAGAAGUAUUGGAAGGAUUCCCACAAUUGAUUGAAGGUGAAUUGAUCUUAUGUGAUGCAGAUAAUAUUAAUACUGAUGGUAUCUAUCCAGGUAAAUACACCUACCAAGACGAUAUCACUAAGGAACAAAUGGCUGAAGUUUGUAUGGAAAACUAUGACCCUGAAUUUAAGAACAAGACCAAAUCAAGUGAUAUUAUCAUUUCUGGUUUCAAUUUUGGUACUGGGUCUUCGCGUGAACAAGCUGCUACUGCAAUUUUGGCAAGAGGUAUGAAAAUGAUUGUUGCUGGAUCAUUCGGAAACAUUUUCAGUCGUAACUCCAUCAAUAACGCUUUGCUAACUUUAGAAAUCCCUGACUUGAUCAACAAAUUGAGAGAAUUGUACAAGGACUCCAAUGAGUUGACCAUUCGUACUGGCUGGAUUUUGAAAUGGGAUGUUCCUAAGGCUUUGGUUGAAGUUAAAGAUGCUAAUGGAAAUGUUGUCUUGACCCAAAAGGUUGGAGAGUUGGGUACAAACUUGCAAGACAUCAUUAUCAAAGGUGGUUUAGAAGGAUGGGUUAAGGCUGAAUUACAAAAGUAA